CCGAACAAAAAGAUAACAGGCUUGUUCUUCCACUUCAGAGAAAGGCAGCCAUGGCUGGAGAAAAUCCAGUCAAGAGUCUCUGUGAGGAAACCGCUUGUCCUCUCUGUCUGGACUUCUUCACAGACCCAGUGAUCACAGACUGUGGGCACAAUUUCUGCCAGGCCUGCCUCACCCAGUGCUGGGGGGCAUCUCAGGAGGAGGGUUCCUGCCCUCAGUGCAGAGAAACAAUUCAGCAAAGUAACUUCAGGCCAAACAGGCAACUGGCAAAUGUUGCAGAACUUGUCAAGAAACUCCAGGAGGAGAAAGAGAGAGAAGGUGCAAGAGAAGAGAAGAGGGGAGCAUGCAAGAUUCAUCAGGAGCCCCUGAAACUCUUCUGCAGAGAGGACGAAACCCCCAUCUGUGUGGUGUGCAACACGGCCAAGGAGCACCAAGGGCACACUGUUUUUCCCCUGGAAGAGGCUUUCCUACAGUACAAGGUAGGCCAUCCCACCCAGGUGACUGGCAAGGAAAAAACCAAGAUCCAUUUGGAUACUCUUAAGAAAAAGAGAGAAGAACUUAAGGGCCAGAAAAACUCUGAAGAACUGAAGAGGCAGAAAUAUCAGGUGGGUGCAUGGUGAGGCUGCAUGUUGAUGAGUAACCUCUGUUUCCUCCAUCAAUGUUGAAAAAUAUUUUUUCUGGACUUGACAUUGUAUGGAUAGCUUCAAUCUGGAUCAGACAUGCAAUUAUUCUGUCUCUGAACCUUUCAAGGGGAUGUUCCCACUAGGUGAAACCCC